GCCACCCUGCUUGGAUUCUUUUGCUGUCAUGUCCAUCUGCAGACCCUACACUUCCCUCCCACUGGAUACUGAUUAUAGCUAUUUGCAUAAAAUUUGCUCUUUGCUGUCCUAUUGGUUCCUGAGAGCAGGUCACGCCUCCCAGAGGACCUCAUGAUUCCUGAUUAGCUUGAGUUGGUGCCUGUGUUGUACAAGCUCAUAUUUCUUACCCCUUCUGUUUAUUAAUAAAUGUAAACAGAUUAAACGUUGCCUGAGAGACCAGAGGCAUAGUCAGAGAAAGGCCAGACUACCACUGUCCUAAAUCUCAUGUUCAGUUGGCUACCAGCUCUUUGCUUUGGGUUCACUUCAUGGUUGUCCUGGAACCUUGUUAUCUGAGUUGAGGUCAACAUAUAAAAUGGAUGAUCAAGAAAUGAACUUUGAGCAAGCUUAUGGAUCUCUAUCUGAGAAAGAUGAAACGUUUGAACCCUUAUUUAUUGAGGAGGAAGAUGAAGACUACUUUGAAGAUUGCUUGGAAGAGAUUGAGGCUGCUCUAACUCUUCCUGGAGAAUCCAUGCCUUAUUCAGUAAAAUGCAGAGAAGCUUUUCAAGCCGAGUUUAAUGGACUUAUGCAACAGAUGUUGGCACAAUUAGAUGUUUUUGAUGCCACCCAUCCAACUACUGCACCACUGGAGUUAUUUUCAGAAACAGAAAACAAGUUGGACAAGAACGGAUUCACAAAAACAAAUAAGUUCGGAGAGACGUGCAUUCCUGAGAAAGAGCAAGCUGUAUUGGAGGUCGAAGAUUGCGCUGUUCCCAGCCCUGUCGAGGCAAGGCCUGAGUUGUCUGCCACCAUGGAAAUACAAAAACUCAGAGAAGCAUUCGAGAGCUGUAUUGAGGAAGUGGGCCAGUUGGAGCGCAGAAGGGAUGAGUUGGUUCAGGAGCUUCUGGAGCUCGAGGAGCCCAUGGCCCAAGAGCUGCAAACUGUGAGGGAGGCUCUGGGGGAAGAACAUCGCCUCCUGUCCAAAGUCAGUCUGGAAAGACAGAGCCUGCAGGAGGAGACUCAAAAAACUAAGAGACACCUGUUUACAGCGGCCCGAGACGGUGCACAGAGACAAGUGCAGCUUGAAUUACAACAGAAACAGGUGGAGCAGCUCAACCAAGCUCAGGAGGAGCUGAAGGCUCUUGCUGAUAAGCUGACUGAGGAGAUAGCCAACAUCCAUUCACAUCACCAAAGCAACCUGCAAGAACUGCAAAAGCAACUGAACGCCACUCAAGAAUCCAGCAAGAGGAAGAACCGCUCUUAUGUGACUCAAGGACGCCGGGCUUCUUGUGACCUCCAGCAGUACCUGCAGGGUGGGAUCAAAGCUCUGGAAGAGUUUUACGAGCCCCGGUUAGUGUCUCUGCUGAAGAGACGGGAGGCCACCAUGGAUUCCCUCAGUAAGGCUAAAGGGCAAUGCCAGGAGCAGAGGGCCCAGUUAGGCCCACUGAGAGAAGAGGAGCAGAUGCUGAGACUCCAGAGGUCUUGUCUGGAGGAGAGGAUCCGACUAAUGGAGAGACAGAGGAAGGAAAAUGUGGAACAAUAUCGGGAGACAGUUGAUGCCUUUGAGGAGAACAUAAGAGAACUGAAAACUGAGCUCAAGGUCCAGAUAAAGAAGACAGAAGAGUUGGAUAUGCUGAAAAAUAACAUGGCCGAAGAGCUGUUCUUCUACAGGCGACAUGUAGAGGGCUCCUGCAAGCAAGAGAACAGUGUGGAGGUGGAAAAAACCUAAUUAAAUAAUGUUGGUUUUAUUGUCUUAUUAGUUUAUGUAAAAUUAUUUUGAUAUAUUUUCAUAGUUUAAGAAACUGCUUGUCUUCUUUUUCAUUAAUAGUCAAUCGCCAAAACAGUAUCCUCAAUUUACUGAAGAUGCACAACAGGUUUCUUCUUUUGCAAAGGUCAAAUUAGAUUUAAAAGAGCACUCUGAACAGCAAGGACCAAUUGUGUCAGAUAUUCCGAUCUUUAUCUAAGAAAUUUCAUAGCUCAGAAUGUUCUUAAAAUACUGUUUUGUGUGUAUAAGAGGGAAUAAAGCUCAUAUAUCAA